AUGGAAAAGAACGAUCCUAAUCAGUUUCGAUUCGUCGAAGAAGCGGAAGAUGAAAUUAAAAUGACAAUGAAAGACAUAAUAAAACGCCAUGGUAUUAGUUUAGAAGAGAAAAACAAGGAACAAGAAGGAGAAGCCUUAAGUUACAUCGGUCUCUCCUAUCACAAGCUUGGUAAAUACGAGAAAGCUUUAGACUAUCAUCAGCAACAUUUAGAACUCUCUGAAGGCACUGAAAACUCCAAAGGAAAGCGACGGGCUAAUUGCAACAUUGGUUGUGUAUACAAAGUAAUGGGAGACCUGCCAAUGGCAUUAUACUACUACGAAAAAGCGUAUGAGAUCAGCAAGGAGCGAGGAGAUAGGAAAGCACAGGCACGGAUAUGCAAUAAUAUGGCUAAUAUUUACGAAAUGCUAAUGGAUACAGACAAAGCCAUAGAACUGCAUAAAGAACGGCAUGAUAUAGCAACUGACUUAGAAGAUUUACAUGGUCAAGGCAAAUCAUGUGUUAGUCUUGGUGCUAUGUAUUUAGUGAAAGACGACGAAGAACAAAGUCUACUCUAUUAUGAGGAAUUGCUGGGCAUCCUCCGAGCAAAACUACGUAUGUUCUUAUUUUUACACUAUAUUAUUCAGGAAAUUUAUACUACUAUAAAAUAAUUUUGUCGAUAAUUUCACAAUAUUUAAGCCCAGGUUGUGCGCACUACAUAACGAUACGAUAAACAUGCGCUGAUUGGUCAAAAAAUUUAUUAUCGUCCGACUCGGGUGAGCGAUUUAAAAUUGUCAUCGUAUCAUUGUAGUGUGGCCAGGCCUUCAUGCAGUGGCCAAUAUUACUUCGUUUCCACAAGUUUAAUUUCAUUCUAUAUCUGGGUGUUUCUCCUCAUGUGUAGGAAAAGUCUAUUAUCAGUGGAACAAAGCUGUCUUUACAUAUUUCAAAGGAAAUAGAUCAAAUAUAUAUAUUAACAACAACGAAACGUUUGUCCUACGUUUUCGAACAAGCGUUCCUUUUUUAGCGGUUGCAUGCCCUGAUCCCUAUAUUUUAACUGUAUGCUUAUUGUUAUAAUGAUCAACACUGUAGACUAUUCUUGGCAUUUAUGCACAUUCUCUAUAUUUACAUGUACAUGAAAGACACUUGCCUAAUAAUAUCAUAUGGCAUUUGUUAGGUGGAAUGUUGUAGUAUUUUGAUAGAGUAUUAUUAGUUCGAGUACUUUAAGGCUUGUGCAUAUGAUCCCAGCGAGGCGGAACGGGACAGUUGCCGAAAUCCCACUCUCAAUAUAUAUUGAGUGUUUAUAUGAUUCCGUCUAGGUGGGGUUCCUCAGUUAAUCUAAACAUACGUAUAUCUCUUUUCUGGCGAGAAAACAAACCUGACAUCCAGACUGACUUUUACCCGGCAUUGUAUUUUGUCGAUACAAACACGCCAUCCCACCUAGGAGAGAUUUCCAGCUGUGUGGGAUAGAAAUAUCAUGUCCCGCCGAGCAGGGAUCAUAUCAUUCAAACUGUCCGCCACGCGCACAAAGUUCAGCAAAUUGUCAGGAUUCACACGCGUUUCUGAUCCUAAACGAGGUAAGCAAAGAAUGCGGCAAAAAGCGUUCAUUGCAGAUUUGAAACAACAAAUUGCAAAUCAAGCAUGAGAGCAACCGCCGCCCCUCCCCUGGAUAUUUGGACGGGCAUGUUCCACAAAAUUGCACCUUGAUAGCUAAAACGUUUCUUCAUAAAUUCUGACAGGGGCCUAGGAACAAAAAAGUUUAUAAUUUGCCCCACGUAAGUUGUGCUCGUGCAUUGAGACGUGCAUGGGGAUGAAUUUAUUGGUUAAAUAACUAGGAACCAUAUUAUUGGCCGUCUUAUAUACAUUAAUUUCUUAAACUGUAGGGCACGCCUAUCUUCCAGAUUAGUCCAGUUUAAUGAUCUUAAAAUUUCAGAUGAGCGAGUGUAAGAAUCAGAACCAGUAAUGAUUCGUGCAGCCUUUGCAUUCGUUGAAGCUUUUGUCCUAGACCCUUAAGGCCCGGUCACACAACGAUAACGAUAAAUUGUAAACAUGCGAUAAUUGUCAAAAAAAUUGCGUUAGUGUCCACACAACAACGAAAAUGAUAAAAUUGUUAGACGAUAACGAUAACGAUUUUAAAAUCGCUCACCUGAGCGAUUUUUUUUUCAGCCGGACGAUAACGAUAAAUUUUUGACCAAUCAUCGCGCGUAAACAAGUUAUCGUUAUCGUUGUGUAGUGUGACCUGGGCUUUAGCCAGAUUAUCCCAAAUAACACUACAAUAGUCAAAAUGUGGCUGAAUUAAAGAAUUAUAGAUUAGCACAAGAGCUGAAAGUGGGAGCAACGGUUUUGGUCUCCUCAAAACUCUGAUCCCCUUGGAGACUUUAGAAAUACUCGCAGAGAUAUGAGACUCCCACGUUAAACCCUCGUCCAAUCCUAAACAUUUACAUGAUUUGACUCUUUUGAUUUUAUUUCCUGAGAUAAAAAUAUCAAGUUGUUCAGGAAUAUUACUUAACCUUUGUCGAGAAGCAACAAACAUAUAUUUUGUUUUCAUUACAUUACAUUACAUUACAUUACAUUACAUUACAUUAAGACUAAGUUUAUUCAUGUUGAGCCAGUUUUGUAGAAUUUGUAAGUCAUCGUUUAAAACAGAAAUAAUCUUAUUGAGGUCAUCAUCAGCAUAUGGUAAAUUGGUAUCAUCGGCGAAUAAACGCCCAUUUGAUACCAACUGACAUUUAAGAAUGUCAUUGAUAUAUAAUAAGAACAGUAGUGGACCCAGGAUAGAUCCUUGUGGAACGCCACAUGUUAUCUUACAGCUACCCGACGAUAUAUUGUUGAUAACAGUGAUUUGUGUGCGCCCAGAGAGGUAGUUUCGGAAUAGUUCUACAGUUUGGUUGCUAAAUCCAUAACGGUUCAAUUUACCUGGUGGAAUCUCAUGUUCGAUGGUAUCAAAGGCCUUCUUUAAAGGUUUUCUAUAGUUUAGCAAGUUUGCAGAGUUUGCUCUCUAGCAAUGUGUUGACGUUCGUGAACUUUGUGGGUGUGACAUCACUUUGAAAUUUCGUCACCUCUGACAAUAGCGUUGUCCGCAAUUGACGUCACGAAAUGUCGACCCCCCGCGAAGACUCAGACAAACAUUGGCAACAUUUAAUAUAAAUAGUAUUAUGAUUAAGAGCUUCCUGUGAGUUAGUUUGAUAGUUUGAUGUUUGUUUACGGUUUAUUUGUGCGAAAUCAUACACACCUUGUACGUUUCGCUUUACCUGAAGUGCCAGUGCAAAAUAUUUUUGCUUUGGAAGUAGAAAUAUACACUUUUUCGUCACUUUAGUAUCGACUGUCAUGUCGUUUCUAUCAUAGGCGGUGUCUACUGUAUUAUAAUAGUACAUGGUUUGGCGUAACUGUUGCUAUAAAGAGGCCAUAAAGAAAGGGUAUGCAAAAGAAAGGGCGAUAGAAAGUCUGUAGUAGCAGAUAUUUAACCGAAAAAAUCUCGUAGUCGUACCAGAUUUAAUUCGUAGCCCUAGCGAAUCAGUUCUAAAGUUCCCUAUUUAAUAUUGUUGAUUUCAUGUUUAUACUAACUUAUAUUUUAAUACUCGCUUUAGUGUGCAUUAUUUUAUUACUUUAGACAUCUCUUUUAUUAAUAGCAAAGUCCAAAGCCAAAGAAGCUAGGAUUGUUUAAUGUUUACUAUAAUCUAUUGACUACAUAUUCAACUUAUAAAAUACGGAUUUAUUAGGAAUGUAAUUAAAACUAAUACUUUCAAAUUCAAACUUUUUUAAAAAAUGUCAAAGAUAAACUACAAACUAUAUAAAAUCUCAAAUAUAAAAUCUUCCGUUGACCAGUAAAACAGUAUUUUGCUUAACACUGUGUUAAUUAAUAGCCUAACACUGUCUGGUAAACUAUUGCUUCUCCAGUCAUAAAUUAAACAACAGACGCUCUCACUGAAAACGAUGGCGUCCCAGACUCAUAUUUUGAGCAUGACCAUCUUCUUAUACUGUCGAUUAAACUCAAGAAGCAGUGGUUAAAAUGUAGAGGCCGGCUUAUAGCAAAGCGGUAUAAAACGCCAAGUUCUUCUUCAGCGAGUUAGCGAUUGCUUUUAAUAGUUCGGGAAAGCAUCGUUCGCUGGAUGUAUUGACGGGGGAAAAUGGUUAGCUGCGAAAGUUCUUGGAGAAAAACCAGCACAGUCCGCAGUCAAUAACAAUCAACACAUUGCUACUGCAGACAUUCCCGUCCCGUCCGACUUUUCAAUUCCCUGUUUCGGCAGUUUUCUUAGUAUCUCGAAUCACUUGGACAUGUUCCCCAGCAACAGUGCUUAGCAUUAACCAUGUUUGUAAUUUGGGAUAAAUUUGAAUUCGUUUUAGCACAGAUAAAAUAAAUAAAAACGUCAAUUUAGACCAAUUUAUGUUCGCUGCUAGUACAAUUCUAUACAAAAUGUUAGUUUGUUUGUCUGAGUCUCGUGGGGGGUCUUCACUUGGAGAAUCUAUUUGUAGCUGUAUUAUAUUUCAGGCAUACAAGAUACAUUGGCUGAUGACCUGUCAGACGACGACGAUGAUGGUUUUAUCGACCUUGAUAACCUUGCAGCGAACUUUGAGUAAGUAGUUCCCAAAUCCUUAUUUGGUGUAACACUAAAAAACUAACUCAGAACGGGUUAAAAAUGAGUGAAAGUGCUUGAAAUUUCAACAUAAUUCGAAUAAUAUAAUAUCAACAUAAAAUUUAUUGUUAUCAAAAUAUCAACCUCUUUAUUGUAAUUUAGCGAUGAUGAAAAUGAGGAAGAGGAGGGCGAUAAAGGGAAGAAAGAGAAGGAAAAAGGAAAGGGAAAACUUCCUAAGUCACCCUUUAAAAAGAAGAAAAAUAAAGAUAAGAAAAAAGACAAAGAUAAAGGAAAGAAAUAA